CGUCCACACACCACCACCCCCCACCCUGUUGUUUCUGUAAUCGAGCGUCGAGCUGCAUGAUUUGCACCUCUGCAAUUAAGCACGUUCGGUGUGGGAUGGGAUUCUCGCUAAACACCGCAAAGCUGUCAUAUACACGGAGCUCCAGCCCCGUCGCAUCCCCCACAAGUUGCUAGCGUGUGUGGACAGGAGCAAGAGGCGGGCUUGUUUAUCAAAAAUGACUCGACAUGGCUGUGUCGUUGACUCAACAUACACGGCUUCGCGAACGACACUGGAAGCCAUAACCAGUUGAGAGAGUGAGGCGUCAAAUCAUCUUAAUGAAAGUCAUAAGUGGGGUUGGGUGGCCAUGGACCCAUUCAGCCAGCUUAUUCUCACCAUCUCGGUGACCAGUUUCUUCACCUUCCAGUGGCUCUUCCACAAAGUCAGCCCCUGGAUGUCCGUGCGCAUCAGCCCUAGCUUCCUCAGUCUCAGUGACAAGCAGAAGGUGGAAUGGAACUCAAGGACGGUGUCAACGUUUCACGCACUGUUGGUGGGAAUCUUCUGUCUCUACAUCUUGUUCUUUGAUAAUGCCGUCAAUGAAGACCCAGUCUGGGGAGAUCCUACGCUGGUGAAGACUAAUGUUGCCAUCACAACAGGCUACCUCAUAUCUGAUCUGCUGCUAAUAUUUUUCUAUUGGAAGGCGAUAGGCGACAAGUUUUUUGUAGUUCACCAUCUGGCAGCGUUGUAUGCUUACUACUAUGUACUGGGCGAAGGAAUGUUGCCUUAUUUUGCUAACUUCCGUCUGCUUGCUGAGUUUUCUACACCAUGUGUGAACCAGCGCUGGUUCUUUGAGGUACUAGGUUAUCCCAAGUCGUCCCGGCCCAACAUGGCGAAUGGUGUUGCCAUGGCAGUAGUCUUUUUCAUGGUCCGCAUCGCCGUCAUGCCAGUCUACUACAUUCGUAUGUAUGUGGUCUAUGGCACCGAGGCCUUCUACCUGGUGCCCUGGGGUGGCCGUGUAGCCUGGAUCGGCUCCAGUAUCUGCUUGGACAUCAUGAACAUUAUGUGGAUGCAUAAGAUCGCCCGCGGCUGCUACAAGGUGCUGCGCUCAGCACGCCAGAGCAAAGCCUGCGCGCCUCAGGAGAAUGGGAAGACGGAUUAAGGGAACUGGGGUGUCAGUGGUGAGGAAACGCUACAACAGAGACAAAAUUAUGUCACUCUCAGUGCAUUGUGGAGCAGCAGCUUGGACACUUACUGUCACACCUGGGACGAGUGAAAUUUGAGCUUUUUGAACAGGCGUUGAGAUGUACCGAUGGACCGUUUAACUGGCCACCCCUAAGCCAUGAAAUGACCUCUUAGCAAUACUCUGUGUGCAUGGCCACUUAUUUUUCUCUUGAACAAUUUACCACUACGCUAAAGUGUUCGUUCUGGGACAACGGACUGCUAAACCCAACCACAAAUUGUCCAGAAGUUUACCGUUCUUUACAUAAGUAGUGUUCAACAAAAGUAAAAUGUUUUUUUUUUAUAAUUAUUAUUAUUACUGCUGCCUGAGUCCCACAAUACAAAUGAUGAAAUAUGAGUCAAUGUUGAUGGUGAUGCAAAUAUUUGAGGGAACCUGUUAAAGCGAUUCAGUGAUUCCUCAAUGAUUCGUCAUUUAUCAGAUGCCUGUUGAGGAGAAGGGUCGAGCAUCUCUUCUUCCUCAGUAAAUCUUGAAGUAAAUUUGCAGGGACUUGACUGACACAAGAUGGGAUUACAUCAAGUGCAAUCACCGAUAAGAAUAAGUAUGGAUAAAUCAGUUCAUCACUCACCCACUGUCAUUUAGUUAAAUCUUUAAUGCGUAACUUUUUAAUAUUAAUGAAAGUCAAUUACAUUCAAGCCAUUGCCAAAUGCUAAUUAAGACUAUCAACUCCACACUACUCUCUCUGUAUUUCUCAGUAUGGCUUUGUUUAGAAGAUUGUGUUGUCCGGCGACUUUUGCGUGCAAAAACUCAAGAAGAUAAUUACCUCUUCUGAAGAGUCUGUCAUUUUUUCUUCUUCUUCAUCCUCCGUGUCCUCCUUGGCUACU